AUGCGCAGCUGCUUCGUUGUCCCAGCGCUGUGUUAUUUUUAUAUUGGCAGCUUUCCCGGCGCCGCAACAGCGCCAGCACGAGCAUGCGCCCAAAGCGAUUGGCGCUUCAGCUUCGGAAUCUGUCAUGAGGGCACGAGGCACGUUUACCCAUACACGCAAAGAUGCGAUAGCGAGAAGAGCCCUGUGAAACCACAGCCGCUUUUCAACGUCUCUUGUCGCAGAACCUGUCCCGCGGGCACGCACCUGGGAGCCGAGCUGCGAGAUGGCCAAACGGCCCUGGACUGCUUGCCUUGCAAACCUGGCCACUUCUCUCUGGGCGGUGGGCUCUUGAUUUCCGGGGUGGCCGGCGACUGGCAUCGGUCGUGGCCUCCUGGACUCCGCAGCAGCUGUUCGUACAGACGCCUCGAUGGUUCUUGGCACACGGAUGGUGCCAGCACCACGGGGCUUGUGACUGGCGCGUGCCAGAUACACAUCCUGAGCCCUCCAACAGUUGCAGGCGCUUAUUACAUCAAGGCCACCUACCUGAACACCAAAGGACACGAACCUCCACUUGGGACAGCCUUGCUCAAAAUGGCGCCCCUUGAUCGGCGCCUGUGCACUCGAAUACCACCUUUGGAAACGCACGGUGGUCACACUGGUCACGCUGGUCACACUGGUGGCUUCGCAGGUCAAAGACCUGGCACCAACCAGCCGGGGAACGGAGGCAUUCGCAGCCAAAAUUUCUGGUUCUUGGCUGCGGCAGGUGGCUGCUCGCACAAGAGAAAAUCGGAAGUGGCAGGGAUGGCCGGAGCACAGGGGGUGGUGCUGGCCCCGGCCGCUGCUCUGGAUAUCGGAGCUGGCAUGCACUUCGCUCCAACCCCACAGCAACCAAUGGGGCCACGCAACGACUCACGCACCGUGUCGGUCUAUGAGUUUGUAGACAACCAAGAUGCCCAAGUCCUUGCCGCGGUUCUGCAAAAGGCCAAGGGAGAAGUGAUUCUCAACCACACGGCCGUCCAGCAAUGUGCACAGACCGGGCCCUUGGUCCAGCCGGAUCCUGGCAAUCUACCUGAGGCCGGCAACGUGACGUACGGCUGCAAUGCGUGGAUGCCGGACGAGCAAGGACACAGCAUCCACUCCGGUGACAAUCGCAACUUCAAUCGCAUGGUGUCAACCUUGGAACUAAGCGUGGACAUUGUGCGGAAGGAGGGCUACGUGCUGUUCCGUUACCAGGUUGAUGCGGAGGACUGCAAGAAGAUGUGA